UCUGCGUAUUGAACUGGACGUGUUUGCACAAUCUACAAUGUUCGUCCGUUGGUGUUAUAUCGUUUUGCUUUUUACGGUUGCUACUGCCAAUGAUGGCAGUAGAACAGCUAUAUCACUCUUAAGAUCUGGAGGUGUGGUUGGCGCUGUUACUUUUACGGAAACGACAGAAGGAGUUCGCGUUUCUGGACGAAUUGUUGGAAUGGCCCCUGGGCUAUACGGAUUUCACGUACAUGAACUAGGUGAUACUACUACUUGCGAUGCAGCAGGACCACACUUUAACCCCACUGGCGAUGAGCAUGCUGGAAGGCAACAUGAAUUCCGACAUGUGGGUGAUCUCGGCAAUAUCCAGUUUGAGGCCGACCGGCAAGCCGAAUUGAAUUUUGUUGACAGCGUGAUUUCAUUAAGAGGGCCUAAUAAUAUUCUGGGACGCACACUAGUGCUCCAUGCGCAGCAGGAUGACCUCGGACAGGGAGGAAACCCGCUGUCAGCGACGACUGGCAACGCGGGCCCUAGAGUAGCGUGUGGCGUUAUAGGAAUCUAUGGCGACGACGCAGCCUGGAAUUCUGCCGUCUCUAUCUCCCCUUCUCUGCUAUUGUUUAUUUUAUUUGCAACAGGUAUUUUUUAUUUCUCAAAGAUCUAAUUUAGCUUAUUCACUUAGAAUAAUUUUCGUCUUUAAAUUUGUAGAACGUAUUUUUAUUAAAAAAUAUUAGACACCUGAGAGUGACA